GGCAGCGGAGGAUGAUCUCGAGUUUAUUUAGAGUAGUACUUGGAUCAUCUUAAUAUUGAAGCAUCCAAUUGAUGGAGGAAUCCCGCAUGAUCUUCACCGUUGGAAUUAGAACCAGACAGAACAUUUGCCACAUUCAAAUAUAUAAAGGAUCAACAAGGGUGAGGUAGGCAGUCUGGAUUCUACUGAUAUAUAUUUUAGCCAACUAGUACGACACUAAUACAACGCCUGUUUUCGUUCCCCCCACACAUUAUACUGAACACUUAUUACUAUCCCAAGCGUCUAAUACAUUCGAGAGAUGGCAGCAUUCCUAGGAGCGAAUCUAAACCCUUGCAAUUAUAUUGGGGGCGUGAGUUUCAAUCCCGAUCGAGACAUCCCAGAUCUAUCCGGAAAGGUAGCGUUGGUGACCGGAGGGAAUGCUGGACUGGGCAAAGAAACAAUCCUUCAAUUGGCCAAACAUCGACCACAAAGGAUAUAUCUUGCUGCACGGUCGGAGACGAAAGCACAGGCCGCCAUCAGCUCUCUAAGAGGGUCACUAACCAAUAAUGUUGAGAUCACCUGGCUCCCUCUGGACUUAAUGUCCAUUAAAUCAAUUCAGUCUGCGGCACAAACAGUCAAUGCAGAAUCACCACGGCUCGACAUCUUGAUACUCAAUGCUGGUGUAAUGUCUCUGCCGCCAGGAGAGACAGAGAUGGGCCAUGAGAUCCAGCUCGGUACCAACCAUACCGGACAUUUUCUUCUCACGAAGCUGUUACUGCCAACCUUGCUCAAGACAGCAGAAGAACCCAAUUCAGAUGUGCGGGUUGUAUCCCUCUCAUCGAUCGGACAUAAUCUGGCUCCGUCAUUCGAGACUAUCCUCGACCAGGACCGAUUGAAAAAGGUGAACACCAAUACUCGAUAUGGAGCCUCGAAGGCAGCAAAUAUCCUAUUCGCAGCUGAGCUUGCGCGGCGGUAUCCGUCUAUUACUUCUGUUUCCGUUCACCCUGGAAUUAUUCUCACAGAUCUAUACAGCUCGAUGAGCGAGCGUUCUACCCUUGCUGCAUUGGGCUCAAAGACGCUGAGCUUUUUCGGAACACCGGUCCCCCAGGGAGCCUAUAAUGAGCUGUGGGCCGCGGCUGGUGCCAAAAAGCAAGACCUCAUCAAUGGAAGUUAUUAUAUCCCGGUGGGACACUUGAAGCCUUAUAACCAAUAUGCUCGGAGCGAGGAUAUGGGAAGACGAUUGUGGGACUGGACUGAGUCUGAGCUACGGAAGUUCAAUGCUUUACCAUGA